AUGGCUGGCGGAAAGGGAAAAUCUAUCGGUGGCAAGGGUGCCCCAGGCAAGGACGCUGCGGGGAAGACUCAGAAGUCUCACAGCGCAAAGGCUGGCUUGCAGUUCCCAUGCGGUCGUGUGAAGCGUUUCUUGAAGAACAACACACAGAACAAGAUGCGCGUUGGUGCGAAAGCCACCGUAUACGUCACAGCCGUGCUGGAAUACCUGACUGCCGAAGUCCUCGAGUUGGCUGGAAACGCUGCCAAGGAUCUCAAGGUCAAGCGUAUCACGCCACGCCACUUGCAACUCGCCAUCCGUGGUGACGAAGAACUCGACACUCUAAUCAGAGCUACCAUUGCUUUCGGUGGUGUGCUGCCUCGUAUCAACCGUGCACUGCUUCUCAAGGUCGAGCAGAAGAAGAAGAACAAGCCUGAGGUGUAA